AUGAGUGCCGCUAGUUCCUCAUUCUACACUCUGGCCAGUGACCAGAGCGUGUUCAGCAGAGAUGUGGACCAGUGGAUCAGAGGGAACAACACGGAGAGUACGGGAGUACAGGGUAGCAGAGGUGCGGUACAUCAACGCGCCCCCCUCGUCGGUAAUGAAGCUAUCCAGGCGAGCGGCUUCUGGUACAUUCUGGCUCUCAUUCUUCCGCUCUUCAGCUGUUCUCCUUCCAAUCGCUGGAGAUGUUCCCCAAGUACAAUACUUCACACAGCUGAACUCUUUCUAACUCAAGUAAGUAGAGCCUGCAGACAUUUGCGUUCCUACAUACGUCGCCUGGCAACUAACCAGGUGUCCCGCGAGCUGGUGGCCACAGCCAUGGACGUGGUGCUUGUAGUAUAUGCCAUAGGUUUCCUCAUAUUAUCCAUACUAGUACGUGCAAUAUUCAAACAGUCUAACACUAAGUCAAAGAGACAUCAAAUAGGAGACGACUCAGCAGUCAGCAGUGCAACCCGGGCGUGCAACAUGGCCGCCCGCUUCGUGGUAAUCGCGGUGUGCGCAUGCGCGGCCGUCUCGCGCGCAACACAGCCGGCCGCUACGAUAUACUUGGACGUAUCACACCACGAAAACCUUGAAGUUAGGAAGAAUUACACGCCGGAACUGCUGCAAGACUUGGAGAAGGUGAAAGACGAUGCUCUGCUGCUUUAUAUGGAGUACACGAGCCAGGCGGCCGCUGAUGUUAAGGCUUUCAUCAGAAACAUAACAGGACUCACCAAGGACACCAUCAAUGAUAUGGAAACCAGGGUCUUGGACCGAGCCUCUCGUUCGUGUCGUGAUGAGUUCGACAAGGUUGUACAGAAGGCUCAGAAUGACGCUCACCGCGCCGCCCUGUUCAGCGGUGAAAACCACCACAAGUAUCUCCUGGGGCAAAUGAUUGUUAUGAGGAUGCAUCUCAAUAAGAGCGAAGAUUACCUCCGAAGAUGUGAAAAGGUUAACAAAGACUGUGGAGUUUCCUGCGACAAAACUCCGAAAUUUUUACGAUGGUGUCGUCUAGCGCAAGUAGAAAUUAACAGAGUGAAGGAAGACAUUAUACACACAAGGAAAACAUACAGAGAUUUGAUCAUACAUAACAGAAGGAAACUUGGACAUUUGAAGAAGAUAGCACGCGUACGAGCUGGAAGAGCUGUGACGGCUGUGGAAACUUGUAAUACGACGGAAUCUAAUCUCAACACAUACGUGAAAUAUAUUAAUUCGUCUCUCGACCUGGACAAGAGUGAUCGUCUUCUCAUGAGGAGGUGGUCCGAGGAGUUUCAGCUCCAGUUAGUGAACAUCACGUCUCAAUACAGACUUGACAUGACCCGCCACAAGGAACACAGCUUUGUGAUCAUUAAAGCUAACUCCAAGUGGAACGAGUGCAUUAAGUUACAUCGGAAUGAAAUAGACAAAGCUCAGACAACAUAUUUGACGAAUGAAGCGGAAUGCUUGAAGGACGCCAACACGAACAAAAAUAAAAAGAAACAUACGGUGUUCCAAAUGGAGAAGGAGAUAAGAAAAUGGCGGAAGAGCUACAGAUACAUAAUAAAACAAUGCAAAUCGGAGAAUCCUAAAGACGACGAGGCAGUUGAUGACUGUGUCAUAGAUUAUAUCCAAAGAGACAACUAUCAUAUAGCCUUCCAAAGACUGAUGCUGCUGAAGCUUGAGGCUAUGUCGGAGCUGUUCGAUCAGAUCAUUAGGAGUCAGAAGGAAUUAGAAGACUGCUUGAAGGUGACCCUGACUGAAUACUUGGAUACAGUCAGAACUAUUAUGGGCUAUUUAAACAAGUGUUAUAGAAGAGUUGUUUCAUAA